AUGUCUUGCCGCUCCUACAGAGUCAGCUCCGGUCACCGGGUGGGAAGUUUCAGCUCUUGCUCAGCGAUGGCCCCUCAGCAUCUGAGCCGCUUCCGGGCCAGCUCUGCCUCCUGCCGGAGUGGGUCUGGCUUCCGGGGCUUGGGUGGCUUUGGUAGCCGGAGUGUCGUCAGCUUUGAAUCAUCCUCGCCCGGGAUAGCAGCUGGGUGCUCUCGUCCGAUCCGCUGUGGAGUUGGCUUUGGAGCUGGCAAUGGGAUGGCCUUUGGCUCUGGUGACGGGAGUGGAGUCGGUCUGGGCUUUAGGACCUGCAGUGGUAUUGGCCUGGGAUUUGGAGCUGGCAGUGGCCUCGGCUAUGGUUUUGGAGGCCCUGGCUUUGGCGGUCCUGGCUUUGGCUACAGAACUGGAGGAAUUGGAGGCCCGUCAGCCCCCUCCAUCACAGCGGUGACUGUUAACCAGAGCCUGCUGACACCGCUCAACCUGGAGAUCGACCCCAACGCCCAGAGGGUGAAGAAAGACGAGAAGGAGCAGAUCAAGACUCUCAACAACAAGUUUGCCUCCUUCAUUGAUAAGGUGAGGUUCCUGGAACAACAGAACAAACUCCUGGAGACCAAAUGGAGCUUCCUCCAAGACCAGAAAUGUGCCCGGAGCAACCUGGAGCCUCUCUUUGAUAACUAUAUCACCAACCUGCGGAGGCAGCUGGACUCGCUAGUCGGUGACCAGGCUCGGCUGCAGGCUGAGAGGAACCACAUGCAAGACGUCCUGGAGGGCUUCAGGAAGAAGUAUGAAGGGGAGGUUGGAUGCCGAGCCAGCGCUGAGAAUGAGUUUGUGGCUCUAAAGAAGGAUGUAGACACAGCUUUCCUGAAUAAAUCUGAUCUGGAAGCCAAUAUGGAUGCCCUGGCCCAGGAAGCUGACUUCCUGAAGGCGCUGUACCUGGAGGAAAUCCAGCUGCUGCAGUCACACAUCUCAGAGACGUCCGUCAUUGUGACGAUGGACAACAGCCGGGACCUGAACCUGGACGGGAUCAUAGCCGAGGUGAAGGCUCAGUAUGAGGAGGUGGCAAGGCGCAGCCGUGCAGACGUGGAGGCCUGGUACCAGACCAAGUACGAGGAGAUGCGGGUGACAGCUGGCCAACACUGUGACAAUCUGCGGAGCACGAGGGACGAGAUCAAUGAGCUGACCCGGCUGAUCCAGAGGCUGAAGACAGAGGUCGAGCACACCAAGGCUCAGUGUGCCAAGCUGGAGGCCGCCGUGGCUGAGGCGGAGCAGCAGGGCGAGGCGGCCCUCAAUGACGCCAAGUGCAAGCUGGCAGAUCUGGAGGGCGCCCUGCAGCAGGCCAAGCAGGACAUGGCGCGGCAGCUGCGCGAGUACCAGGAGCUCAUGAACGCCAAGCUGGGCCUGGACAUCGAGAUCGCCACCUACAGGCGCCUGCUGGAGGGCGAGGAGAGCCGGAUCUGUGAGGGCGUUGGACCCGUGAACAUAUCCGUGAGCAGCUCUCGGGGAGGUGUGCUAUGUGGCCCUGAGCCCUGGGUGUCUGGAUCCGGCCUUUCCCGAGGUGGUGGAGGUGCCUUCUCCAGCAGCAGCAACAGCAUCCGCGCCACUGGGGGGGCCCUGGCUUCCUCGAGCCUGAGGGCUGGCGGGGACCUGCUGAGCUCUGGGGCCAGAGGAGGCUCAAUGCUGGUGGGCGAUGCCUGCGCCCCCUGCGCCCCCUGCCCACUGCCCGCUGAGGGCGGCUUCAGCAGCUGCAGUGGUGGCCGUGGCAACAGAAGCUCCAGCGUCCGCUUCUCAUCCACCAGCACCUCCCGCAGGACCAGGUACUGA